GCCACACUCGCCCCUCCCGGCCUCCGCGGCCAAUGAACAGCGGACGCCCCAGGGCUGGGUAAAUCCUAAGCGGCCGGAAUGAUUAGGCCAUGGGGCAGCCCCGCCCCUCUCUGGUCUCGGCCUUCGCGCCCCGCCUUGCGCUGUCGCCGCCCCCCCCGCCCUUCUGCUUGCCAGCGGGGUGACACGGGGCUUAGGCUCGGGAGGGGGGCGAGGGAAGCAAGUUAGACGGCUGCCGAGUGGUGGCGGCGCGGCCCCUAAAAUUUAUUUACUUGCCCAAGUUCCACUGCUUGACGAUACCUUGGAGUAACUGCUGAAACUUUCUUUUAUUGACUAGAAGACAGUUCAUUUGUUUCACUUCUUUUUGUUUUCUCUCCUGCUUUGAGCUUUACUGUAAUGGCUGAAAAACUUGGAAAAUAAAAUGAACAUGCUGUGGUCUUGAACAUAAUUUUUUUUUUUUUUGAGGAAAAGUUAAUGUGGCAGACCGAAAGCCAGGAUGGCAUCCAGAGAGAGGCUCUUUGAACUUUGGAUGCUUUAUUGUACAAAGGGGUUUGGCAGUUUCUCUGGUCUUCAUUUGCAUUCCUUGGCAUAUGUUUUUGUGUCCUAUCUAAGAAAUCUUUGCCUAUCACAGAUUGCAAAGAAAGAUCCAGAUUACCUGAAGUUAUGGUUGGACAGUUUUGUUUCCAGCUAUGAGCAAUUCUUAGAUGUUGACUUUGAGAAGCUUCCUACCAGGGUAGAUGAUGUGCCUCCUGGAAUAUCUCUGCUUCCUGAUAAUAUUCUGCAGGUUCUGAGGAUCCAGCUGCUACAGUGCGUUCAGAAAACAGCAGAUGGAUUAGAGGAACAACAGCAAGCCUUGUCGAUUUUGCUUGUCAAGUUCUUUAUUAUUCUUUGCAGAAAUCUGUCUAAUGUGGAAGAAAUUGGAACUUGCUCGUAUAUUAAUCAUAUUAUCACCAUGACAACACUCUAUAUUCAGCAAUUAAAAAGCAAAAAAAAGGAGAAGGAAAUGGCAGAUCAGACAUCUAUUGAAGAGUUUGUAAUCCAUGCAUUGGCAUUUUGUGAAAGUUUAUAUGAUCCGUAUCGGAACUGGAGACACAGAGUUUCAGGACGUAUCCUUAGUACUGUGGAAAAGAGCAGACAGAAAUAUAAGCCAGCUUCUCUCACAGUGGAGUUCAUCCCUUUCUUUUAUCAAUGUUUUCAGGAAAGCGAACAUCUCAAGGAAAGUCUUAAGUGUUGCUUGUUGCAUCUCUUUGGAGCCAUUGUAGCUGGUGGACAGAGGAAUGCUUUGCAAGCGAUUUCUCCAGCCACUAUGGAAGUUCUUAUGCGAGUUUUGGCAGAUUGUGAUUCCUGGGAGGAUGGAGAUCCUGAAGAAGUGGGUAGGAAGGUAGAAUUAACUCUCAAGUGCCUUACAGAAGUGAUCCAUAUCCUUCUGACUAGCAGCUCUGACCAGCGCCAAGUGGAAACCAGCACUAUUCUGGAGAAUUACUUUAAAUUGCUAAAUUCAGAUCAUUCAGCUUUACCUAAUCAAAGGAGAUCCAGGCAGUGGGAAAGCCGGUUCAUAGCUCUACAGAUCAAGAUGCUGAAUACCAUCACAGCCAUGUUAGAUUGCACAGACAGGCCUGUUCUUCAGGCCAUUUUUCUUAACAGCAAUUGCUUUGAACAUCUCAUACGACUACUGCAGAACUGCAAGCUAUUUUUAAAUGCUAACACUAAGGUGGCAGACAAGAACGAGAAAGAUCUUGCCAACAAAUUACUGACAGAAAUGAAUGAGGACCAGGUGUUUCAGGGACAGUUGGAUUGUUUGGCUAUAUCAACUAUUCAAGCUCUGACAGCAGUAAUGGACAAAUCUCCAGCUGCUAAGGAAGUUUUUAAAGAAAGAAUUGGUUAUACACACAUGUUUGAAGUAUUAAAAUCACUGGGUCAGCCACCGCUGGAACUACUUAAAGAACUUAUGAAUAUGGCUGUAGAGGGUGACCACACUUCAGUUGGGAUUUUGGGCAUUAGUAAUGUCCAGCCUCUUUUGCUUCUUAUCCAGUGGCUUCCAGAGCUAGAAUCCCAUGACCUACAAAUCUUCAUCUCUGAUUGGCUAAAAAGAAUUUGUUGUAUUAAUAGGCAGAGUCGAACUACUUGUGUCAAUGCAAACAUGGGAAUUCGGAUCAUUGAAGCCCUUGAUUCCCAUUCUUCCCUCCAUCGAGCUUGUGCUGAAAACCUGAUUGCACUCCAUGGUUCCCUGGGGAGUCAGUCAGUGAGCUCAGAAGAAGUCCGUCGGCUACUAAGAUUGUUGAGAGUGGAUGAAUCUGAGUAUAUUCACCCAUAUACCAUUCCUGUGACUCGAGCAAUCCUGACAAUGGCCCGGAAACAAAGUCUUGAGAGUGCACUGCAGUAUUUUAAUUUGUCACACAGUAUGGCAGGAAUUUCUGUGCCCUCCAUACAGAAAUGGCCAGGGUCUGCCUUUUCCUUCAAUGCUUGGUUUUGCUUAGAUCAGGAUCAGUUGACUGCUGGCAUUGCUAACAAAGGAGGAAAAAGAAAACAGUUGUACAGUUUUUUUACAGGAAGUGGCAUAGGUUUUGAAGCUUUCAUUACCCAUUCUGGUAUGUUGGUUGUGGCCGUGUGCACCAAAAGAGAAUAUGCAACAGUUAUGCUUCCUGACCACAGUUUCUGUGAUUCCCUUUGGCACAACAUAACGGUUGUUCAUAUGCCUGGAAAAAGGCCCUUUGGUCAAAGCCUUGUCUAUAUCUACGACAAUGGACAGCAGAAGGUCUCUGCCCCUCUCAGAUUUCCAGCCCUGAAUGAACCUUUUACUUCCUGUUGCAUUGGUUCUGCUGGGCAAAGAACGACGACUCCUCCGCCAUCCCAAAUCCCAGAUCCACCCUUUUCUUCUCCCAUUAUCCCUCAUCGGACUUCAUUUGGUGGAAUCCUGUCGUCAGCUUCCUGGGGAGGAACAAAUGAAAAAUCAAAAUUGAUCACCAAAUUGAUAUCAGCUGGAACCCAAGACAGUGAAUGGGGAUGUCCCACAUCUUUGGAAGGUCAGCUAGGGUCUGUUAUCAUCUUCUAUGAAGCACUACAGCCUUCUCAGGUGAAGGCAUUAUAUUUAGCAGGUCCAAACUGUUUAAGCCCUUGGAAAUGUCAGGAGUCUGACAUGGCUGACCUGCCUGGUAACGUCCUUCUUCACUACACACCAAAGGCCUGCAAAAAUCCCAUCUGUCUUGAUUUAUCUACUAAUUGUUUGCAUGGAAGGCUAACAGGAAACAAAGUGGUAAACUGGGACAUUAAGGACAUCAUAAACUGCAUAGGUGGAUUAAAUGUAUUCUUUCCUUUAUUGGAACAAAUCAGCCACUUCAUUGAAGGACAGAUUCCUGAAGGAAUGAAUGAAAGCACAGUUUCUGAAUUGGUAACGCCUGUAGAAGGAGAUUGGGUGGUACUGACCUCCACAAAGACAUCAGAGUCAAGACUAGAGAGAAAUUUAGUUGCAACGUUUAUUUUGAUUGUGAAGCACUUUAUUCAGAGACAUCCUAUCAACCAAGACAACCUUAUUCACUCCCAUGGAGUCGCAACUCUUGGUGCCCUACUUCAAAAGGUGCCAAGCACCUUGAUGGAUGUAAAUGUACUGAUGGCAAUUCAAAUAUUAAUUGAGCAGGUGUCAUUAGAGAAAAAUGUGCAGCUCUUACAACAAAUGUAUCAAUAUUUACUCUUUGACUUUCGUAUUUGGAAUCAUGGAGAUUUUCCUUUUCGAAUUGGUCAUAUACAGUAUCUUUCCACCAUCAUCAAAGACAGCAGGAGAGUUUUUCGAAAGAAAUAUGGCGUUCAGUUUCUCCUAGAUACGCUUAGGAUUUAUUAUGGGACUGGGUGUAGAUAUAAUGAGCUGUCUCUAGAUGAUAUUCGAACAAUAAGGACAUCUUUGUAUGGACUAAUUAAAUAUUUUCUGAGCAAAGGUGGAACUCAUGAAGAGAUACAAAGUAUUAUGGGUUACAUAGCUGCUACCAAUGAAGAAGAACAGCUCUUUGGAAUUUUGGAUGUACUCUUCAGUCUCCUACGUACCAGCCCAACUAGAGGUCAGCUUUUCUUACUGCUGUUUGAACCAGGAAAUGCUGAUAUACUUUAUGCCUUGCUUUUAAAUCAGAAGUAUUCUGACAGACUAAGAGAAAUCAUUUUUAAGGUUAUGGAACAAAUGUUGAAAUGCACAAAUGUUUAUGAACGAAGUAAACAACGUAUUCGACUCAGAGAAGUUGGCUACUCAGGAUUGGGACUCCUUCUCAGUGAGGCACCUGUUAAUACUUCUCUGGUGAAGAACCUCACUAAUCAAAUCAUAAAUACAGAUCCUGUUAUUAAUUUCAAAGAUCUGUUAUCUGUGGUAUAUAUAUCUCACAGAGCAUAUAUAAAUGUCAGAGUGGUCAUCUGUAGAAAGAUUUUACCGAUUCUGCGGUCCCAGCCAGACGCAGCGUACCACAUAUCGCACCAAGUGGGUUGGCAAGACACCUUGGUUAGGCUUCUUCUAAAAGCCAAUUUCGAAAAUGGAAAUACUCUUAACAAGCACAGUAGGGCUGUUUUAAUGAAAGACAAUGACACAAAUAUUUCAGCUGAAGACAUUAAGAGGAACUUUGAUGAAAAGACAGAUGAGGAAAAAAUCAACACUUUUGCCUCGACUAAUGUGUCUUCAGAUCAGUGGAGUUUGGGGGAUCGACACUCCCUAGACUCAAACACGCCAUUAUUUCAAGAAGAUAGCUCUGUAGGAGAAAUGUCUUUCAAAUCAGAGAAUCAAGAAGACUUCUGGCAUAAUAACCCUUCACAUUUGAGUUUAGAUCUCAGUAGAAUUGACUCAUGUGAGCUGAGUGAUAGUGGAAGUCAGAUGCCAGACAGCCUGCCUAGUACGCCAUCCCCAAUAGAGUCGACUAAAUCAUUUUCUGUGCAGUCUGAUAAAGAAAGUGGCAACACAAAUGAUAUGGGCUUUAGUGAUGACUUCUCCUUAUUUGAAAGCCAGGAGAGGUGUGAGGAGGAGCUUCUUCAAUUACUGACAGAUAUUUUAAAUUAUAUAAUGUGCAAGGGACUUGAAAAGUCUGAUGAUGAUACUUGGAUUGAACGGGGACAAGUGUUUUCUGCACUAACUAAACCAGGAAUAUCCAGUGAGCUACUUCGACCUUCAGAUGAAAUAAAACUAAUUUUGCUGCAGAAGAUGUUAGAAUGGGCAGUCACAGAAAACAGAGAAGCAAAAACUAACCCAGGAACUGCUGAAAAUGCCUUCCGACUCAUGCUGAUCAUACAGGACUUUCUGCAGUCAGAGGGACUAGUUAAUUCAAACAUGUGGACUGAAAAGCUUUUAGAGGAUAUAAUGCUGCUCUUCGACUGUCUGUCAGUCUGGUAUGCUGAAAGUCCUGAAUGGGUAAAACUCUCUCAAAUUCAGAUCCAGUUGCUUCUAGGAUUCAUUGGAAAGGGUAAUUUGCAGGUUUGUGCAAUGGCAUCAGCAAAGCUAAAUACACUCCUUCAGACCAAAGUGAUUGAAAAUCAGAAUGAGGCAUGUUAUAUUUUAGGGAAGCUGGAAAAUGUUCUAAGUCAGUCAAUCAAGGAACAAACUGAAAUCUACUCAUUUCUGAUUCCUGUUUUUCGUACCCUGGUUUCCAAAAUUUAUGAGCUUCUAUUCAUGAACUUGCAUCUGCCUUCUUUACCUCUUACCAGUGGUAGCUCCUCAUUUUUUGAAGAUUUUCAAGAAUAUUGUAGUUCAAAUGAAUGGCAAGCUUACAUAGAAAAAUAUAUUGUACCUUAUAUGAAGCAGUAUGAAAUCCAUACGUUUAAUGAUGCUCAUGAGAACAUGGCACUUUAUUGGAAAGAUUGUUAUGAAGCCUUAAUGGUGAAUAUGCAUAAACGAGAUCGUGAAGGAGGAGAAAGCAAACUGAAAUUUCAGGAGUCAUUUGUGGAGCCAUUUAAUCGAAAAGCACGCCAAGAGAACUUGAGGUAUAAUAAUAUGCUUAAACAACUUAGCAGCCAACAGUUAGCCACUCUGAGACGCUGGAAGGCAAUACAGCUCUAUCUUACAUGUGAGAGGGGACCUUGGGCUGAAAGGAAACAGAAUCCAAUUCACUGGAAACUAGCUAAUGUAGAAAAUUAUUCCCGCAUGAGACUUAAAUUGGUGCCGAAUUAUAACUUCAAAACCCAUGAGGAAGCUAGUGCCUUGAGAGAUAAUCUAGGCAUCCAGCACUCACAGCCUUCCAGUGAUUCAUUGCUUUUGGAAGUAGUGAAACAAGUAAAAGUUAGUGAUAUGGAGGAGGAUAAAUUAGACCUACCUGAAGAUGACAUAACAGCCAGAGUAAAUAUUGAUGAGAAAGAAGAACAAGAUCAAAAAGAAAAAUUGGUGUUGACAGAAGACUGUGAACUCAUUACAAUAAUUAAUGUAAUUCCUGGCAGAUUAGAAAUCACUACUCAACACAUUUACUUCUAUGAUGGCAGCAUUGAAAAAGAAGAUGGAGUAGGUUUUGAUUUCAAGUGGCCUCACUCCCAAGUUCGAGAGAUUCAUCUGCGGCGUUACAAUUUAAGGAGAUCAGCCCUUGAGAUUUUUCAUGUUGACCAGUCCAACUACUUUCUCAAUUUCAAAAAAGAGGUUAGAAACAGAGUAUAUAGCAGACUGUUGUCACUUCAUUCUCCAAAUAGUUAUGGAACCAGAUCACCACAGGAGGUAUUCAAAACAUCAGGAUUGACACAGAAAUGGGUAAACAGAGAGAUAUCAAAUUUUGACUACCUCAUUCAAAUAAAUACAAUGGCAGGGCGAACCUAUAAUGACCUCGCACAAUAUCCUGUGUUUCCCUGGAUUUUACAAGACUAUACUUCAGAAGAGUUGGACCUUAAUAACCCAGCUGUAUUUCGAGAUCUUUCCAAACCAAUUGGGGUUGUUAAUGAUAAAAAUGCCAAAGCUACACGAGAAAAAUAUGAAAAUUUUGAGGAUCCGAUGGGAACUAUCGACAAGUUUCAUUAUGGUACUCACUAUUCAAAUUCUGCGGGGGUCAUGCACUAUCUGAUUCGCGUAGAACCAUUCACCUCCCUUCACAUCCAGCUGCAAAGUGGAAGGUUUGACUGUGCAGACCGACAAUUCCAUUCCAUCCCUGCUACCUGGCAGGCUCUCAUGGAUAAUCCAUAUGAUGUGAAGGAGCUUAUUCCUGAGUUCUUCUAUUUCCCAGAGUUUUUGGAAAAUCAAAAUCAAUUUAAUUUGGGUUGUCUACAAGUUUCCAAAGAACUAGUGAAUGAUGUCAUUCUUCCCAAAUGGGCUAAGUCAGCUGAAGAUUUCAUCUGUAAACAUAGGAGAGCUCUGGAGUCUGAGUAUGUUUCUGCUCAUCUCCACGAAUGGAUAGAUUUGAUUUUUGGGUAUAAACAGAGGGGGCCAGCUGCAGUGGAGGCACUCAACGUUUUCUAUUACUGUAGUUAUGAAGGAGCCGUGGAUCUGGAUGCCUUAACAGAUGAGAAAGAAAGAAAAGCCUUAGAAGGGAUGAUUAAUAAUUUUGGGCAAACACCUUGUCAACUGUUAAAGGAACCACACCCUCCUAGAUUAUCAGCAGAGGAAGCAGUGCAGAAGCAGACCAGAACAGACACUUCAACCCUAAACCUAUUUGAACACCUCACUGAACUCAAGUCAUUUUUUAUAGAGGGAAUUAGUGAUGGUAUUCCACUAAUAAAGGCCAUUGUCCCCAAAAAUCAGUCUCGCUCUUUUAUGUCUCAAGGCAGUCCUGAGUUACUGAUAACAAUAAGCAUGAAUAACAUUAUUGGAACACAUGGAUGGCUGCCUUACGACAGAAACAUUUCUAAUUACUUUACAUUCAUCAAGGACCAAACUGUGACAAAUCCAAAAACUCAGCGUUGCAUGAAUGGUCCUUUUGCUCCAGGGCUGGAGGUCACUUCUAAGCUAUUUGUAGUAUCACAUGAUGCAAAGUUGCUCUUUAGUGCUGGACACUGGGAUAAUAGCAUUCAAGUGAUGUCACUCACAAAAGGCAAAAUUAUCUCACACAAUAUCAGACAUAUGGAUAUUGUGACUUGCUUAGCUACAGAUUACUGUGGAAUACAUUUGAUUUCUGGUUCCAGAGAUACUACAUGUAUGAUAUGGCAGAUAACACAACAGGGAGGCAUUCCUGUCGGCUUAGCAUCUAAACCCUUUCAGAUUCUGUAUGGACACACUGAUGAGGUAUUGAGUGUCAGCAUCAGCACUGAACUAGACAUGGCAGUGUCAGGAUCAAGGGAUGGCACCGUGAUUGUAUAUACCAUUCAGAAGGGUCAGUACAUGAGGACUUUACGACCACCUUGUGAGAGUUCUCUGCUUCUGACCAUUCCCAAUUUGGCUAUAUCUUGGGAAGGACAUAUUGUCAUCUACUCUAGCAUUGAAGAAAAAACCACCCUUAAGGGUAAGAAUACAUUGCAUCUGUUUUCUGUAAAUGGCAAGUAUUUAAGAUCUCAAAUCCUGAAGGAGCAAGUCUCAGAUAUAUGUAUAAUUGGAGAACAUAUUGUCACGGGCAGCGUACAAGGGUUCCUGUCUAUAAGAGAUCUCCACAGUUUGAAUCUCAGCAUCAACCCAUUAGCCAUGCGAUUGCCUAUCCACUGUGUUUGUGUAACCAAAGAGUACAGCCAUAUUCUUGUAGGAUUAGAAGAUGGCAAAUUGAUUGUAGUGGGUGUUGGCAAGCCAGCUGAGAUGCGUUCAGGUCAGCUUUCUCGAAAAUUGUGGGGAUCUAGCAAGCGACUCAGCCAGAUUUCAGCUGGAGAAACUGAAUAUAAUACUCAGGAUUCCAAGUGAUUGUUAUUUCUGUCUUCUGUCAUAGAUAACUAAAAUUGAUUUAUUGCUUUGUCACUUUAACCAAUCUCGCAACUAUCUGAAAUGUUUCAGGGCUUUAUUUCUGAAAAUCAUUUAGGGAUUAUCAAAAUUUGGUAUGAUGUGUCUAUACAGAUAUAGGUUGUAUUAUUAUUCAUUUAUUAAAUUUCUGAUCAGAUUUCUUGAACCCAAUCAUAACUAAUUCUUGGUCUGUACUAAAUUGGAAUUUAGAAAAUAUAUUUGAUUAGGUUUAGUGGCCCAUUCCUAAGAAUCAGUAAUCAAAUUUUUUUAAAAACAAAAUUCAAAAAAUGAAGAAAUUAGGCCCAAUUUGAUUAUUCUAAACAGCAAAGUAUUAGGUCGAGAGACAUGGCUUUUAAUACGUUCUUUGAUCAUUUUCCUGUUUGCUGACCACCAUAUAAAAAAGCGCAUCGAUUUAUUUAUGGGACUCCUGAUUGAAGGUAAUAUUUUAAAGGUAUUAGUUGCACAUUUGGAUUUUCAAAACUCUGUAUAAAUUCCAGGCUUCCAUGAUAAGAUGAAAAUAAGAAUAUUGAAACUAAGACAUUUGGUUCAUUCCACUACUUGCACUACUACUUAGCACAUUACUAUUGAGGAUUUAUUCAGAGGUAUUAUUAUCCUUAAAUAAUAAAGGUUGACGAAGAAGAGGAGAAACUAGAGAUAUAUUUUACAGAUGUCGUACAUUCAGAGCAUAAUUAAAAAUGCUGACUGUGAUUUUGACAGUUGGGUCCUUCAGGUAGCAUUUGCAGCAUAAUUUAUAUCUGCAGAGUUUAAAAUUUCUUAGAUUUUUCUUUACUAAGCAAAUAUUGCAGGGCUUUUCCCCUAAUAAUUAGCAGAGUUAGUAAUAAUAUCCAAAUAUAUUACAUCUUUACGUAUGACUUCCGUGUGACUAAUGAAUGAACUGAAAAGACAUGCAUAAUUUAUACUAGUCAUUUAGAUACAGUACUUUUUAAAAAUACAUGCUUCUAUUUCAUGUUAUGUUUAACUUUUAGGAUUACUGUUAAUUUUAUUAUAUAUAGCUAAAUGUUACAUUAUGUAUUUAUUACUCAAGAUUUUAAAGUGAAAGUUCGAUUGAUUUAAUUUAAAAUUCAAAGAGAUCAUUACACCUCAUGCUUUCAUCUUUUGAGUUAGUUUAGAGAGCUUUUACAACUAAUUGUGUUCUUAAUCUGAGAUUCCAUGGGUUUGGGGGAAUUUAUGCAUCUCCUGAAAUUGUGUGGAAAAUUUGUAUGUUAACUGUGCUUUCAGCAAAUAAUGGUUCCAUGGCUUUCUUAAAGGGUUCUGUGAUCAAAUUAAAAAAAAAAAAAGUGAAGGAAGGGUUAAGAAUAUAUUCCACAUAUCAUGUCCAGUUGUCUUCUCAAUUGAAUCUUUGAGAAUAUUUCCCUCUGCAAUUCAUCCCUCCUGUUGACCACAGUAUCUAGUACCCUUUUCUUUACAGUCCUAUGAGUGAGUAAAAUAAUUUAAAAAAGAAAAUCAUUCUGUUUGGGGAAGCCUUUUUUAUAUGUAGAUUUUGUUUUUACGAGUCAGGAAUAAUAAAAAGUUAUAGAAGAAUUUGCUUUCAAAUAAAUUAAAUCCUAUGUUUUAUUCAAUAAAAAUAUUUAUGUUUUAGAGAAAUAACUCUGCAAUAAACUAAUGCAGGAGGUGUAAAAUAGAGCAUUUGUAAAUGUGAAGGUUUCCUUUUUGAAGACUUAAAGAAUUUGUAUAGAAAAAACUCUCAAACCGAGUCAGUAGAGAUAAUUAUGAUUUAUAAGUAAGAUAAAUUGCUUCCAGUAGCUUACUUCAUUUUAUUUUCAUUUUUUUAUUUUGUGGUUUAUUUUGCAAUUUCACAUCAGCAGAACCACCAUGAUUGAUUUUUGAUUUUUAAAAUACUGGUUUUAAAAGCCUCUCUAAAUCAAAAGUUUGAACAUCUUUUGGUUAUUUAUCCAGAGAUUUUGUUGUAAAGAUGCCUUCUUUGUUCUCUGUGUUUAAGAUCACUUAAUAUAGGUUUUGCAAAUUAUUUUUUGAUGCUUAUAAGUUACAAAAAACUGUACUCAUAUUAUCAGAGAGAAAAACCUUAAAUUUAUGCUGUUCGACAGUGCUGCUUUUUAUUUAGGUGGAGAAACUGAACAAGCUUUAUUCAUUUUAUAGCACAAAAAGGAAGAAGUUCUGUUCACAAUAGAAUCGAUAUCUUCGUAGGGUAGUACUAGAUGUUCAGAACAGUAGAAUUACUCUUUUUAUUACUUCUUCCAGAAAGUAAAAAUCAAAAAUGUGGAAUUUUUAAGGAAAAUCCUUGAGAAUGCUAACAGCUGUCUAAAAGAAUGGAACUUAAAAGUUAUCUCCUAAAAUAAAUACAGUAGAACUAUUCACUGAGUAAUAUAUUCCUCUUUCAAACAGUGUAGCACACAGAAUUAAAACUCACUAGAUUAAAUCACUGGAAGCAUACACUUUUGGGGAGUCUGAUAUAUUUAAAUGUUAUCCAUAGAAAUUAUUUCUAUAUUGUGUAAUGAGAAAAAUUAAUAAUACCAUUGCAAUGGAAUAACAGAUGGGCAUUUCAGUUGAUGAAUAUAAUAUCUCUACUUGGCUGUUACAAAGUCCCUUGUCUUUGUAUAACGUUUUGUCAGCUUUUGUUUCUUGACACUGGUGAUUAUGAAAAUAAAAAUCAGCAUAGUGGUGAUGGGAGAGUUCGAUGCUAAGAUACUGAUUUUACUUUUAGAAAGUGAGAUCAAGUAUUAAAACAUAUAGGUGUCCUCAUUUAGAGAAUAAAGAAGCUUUAUAAAAAAUUUUUUCAACUCUCCCAACAGUAUUCUGUCAUUACUUGCAUAAAAUUGGAGGAUUGAAGGAAAAAUAGAUCAUAGCAUGGAGAUAAAGGAACAUAUGAUAUGUAAAAAGGAGGCUUGGCCAGUUGUUGAAAUUCUUUCCUUUUAUCCUGUGAGGCUUAUUUCAGCCAUGAAGAAAUUUCUAUCAGUUUCCGUUAGGGUACAGUGCAUCCUUCUGUAGUAGAAAAAAUGCCAAUUCACUUUGUCACUAGCAAGAAAUAUUAGUGAAGCUUCAUCUUUUUCUCUAUUUAAGGCAUAUAAAAGUUAUCCUUCAAAAAACUGGUACUGAGAGUUAAUUUUAUGCUUCUGAAAAGAAUGAAUGUACCCUCUUAGUUAAAAUAUAAAUUUGAAGGUUGAAUCUUAACCUAGGACUUUUUGUAUUUUGUUUGAAUAGGAGUAAGCAGGGAGAAUUGUUAACUUGGAUUCCAGAUUUUUAUUUAGUGAAGAUAGAGAUAUGGCCUUUGCCAUGUACGUUUUAUAUAAUUAUUACUAAAUAAAUCACUAAUGGAAAUCUCUUAGUUGAAUUUAAAGAGGUUAGCUCCUAUUUAUAUAUUUAUAUUUAUUAAAUGAGUGGCAUUGUCUUUACCACAUUUCCUAUGAAAAGCUGCAAGUGCAUGGACUAUAUUAAAUAUAAAUAUUAAAUAAUAUACAACAUAUAUGUGUAUGUGUGAGUGUGUGUGUGUGUGUGUGUGUGUGUGUGUAAAAGUUGGUCCCUUCAUAUAUAUUGUUAAACCUGUCUUCCAAAAAUAGGUUCUUAAGCCUGUCUUCAGGAUACAGGAUACAAUUUUUGAUUAGGAUAUAAGAAUUGAAAUAUAUCCUUUUUCUUUCUAAAUCUAAUCUCUUAUGUUUUCUUAUAUCAGCCAGACUCCUAGGUUUUCCUAAUUAUUGUUCAUCUUAAUAACUGAAAGUUUUUUUUUCCCAGUAAGUGACCAUUACCAUUCUUAAUAAAUAUCCAUACUCGAUAUUCUCUAUUUGCCUAUUCAUAUAUCAUAUAUACUCAACAUUUGAUUUGUUUCAAACUUUGGCCCCAUCUAGAACAUUGUUCCGUAGAGUUUUCCCAUAUUUAUCAGAGUCCUGGUGGUGCUUUGUCUGAUGACAUUAAAAAAAAGUUACCAGUCAUCAUUUUAAUUUUAAAAUGUUUACUUGGCCACACCAUCUUUAAUUUGAACCUAGCAUUUUCUUAAUUGUUCAUGCCAUUCAGACUUGUCCAUGGAAUUUUAUGAAUAUACAGAUGUCUAGGCAUUUAGGCAUUAGUUGGGACUUUCUGAAUCUCUUUACUUGAUAUUAAAAAAUAUGUAUCUCAGGAUUAUUACAUCUUAAAAUGUUUUCAUCUAUAGAAAUUAUGUCCAUUCAUUUUUAUAAAUCAGAUAAAAUAUUCACAGACUUAUUUGAAAAUUGGCUUAAUCAUUUAUCUUAUAGACAUUUUGUCUAAAAUUUGUUGAGAAUGUCUUUAUUGUCUUCAUUUUACAUGCCACAGAAACAACCAAGUUUCCUGUUUAGUUUUAUUAUUUUUAUUAUGAACUCUCUUCAGGUCUUUUACAUUUGAAAAGUUUAGCUAAUAUUUGCCUCCAAGAAAGGAUGUCUGUUUGCUAGUAUUAGUGCCUACUGACUAUCAGUGAAUAUUUUGCACACUUGAAUUAGGUAAUAUUUUAAAGUGUUAAUAAAAAGUGUAACAAAAUGCUAAAUUUAAAAAUAAUAUAUUUUGUAGACUUGAAGCUUGUAAUCUAUACAAGUUUCCUAAUUAAAAAACAUUGGAAAAAAUUCUCCAAAUAUUCCUGAUGACUUUUGUAUGUACAGCCUCUGUAUGGAAAUAUUCUUUAUUUCAUAUGAAGAGGCCUAGUAUUACAGGGAAUAACACAUUAACGUUUAAGUUAUUCAGGCCUAAACUGGAAAUGACUCAUUUUACUAAGUUAAAAAUGUAAGGCCAUUUUAGAAUAUAUGAGUUAUGGAAUUUUCCACAGUGUAAGAACCUGUAUAAAAGGUGGCUAUAUUAUCAGAUACUUUUCUGGUAGAUUGUGGUAAUUCAUAAAACACAGCUUUAGAUUAUCUCACUGACAUUUGUCAUAGGUGGGUGGUUUCCACAUACAUUGAAGGAUUUGAACCUAUAAAAGUAAUGACUUUAGUGAUAAGCAAAGGUCAGAGAUACAGCAGUAUUUACCUUUGUCUUAAUGUUCAUACCCUUAUUAUGACCUGAAAAUUUAGAAGGAAAAAAACAAAUAGAAAGUCACUAAUUCAACAUUUUUUCCAUGGUACACUUUUAAUAUGUUUCCUUGGAAACUUCUUUUGCAAAUAUAACAACAACACAAUUUUGUCAUUUAAAGAAUUGCCCAUUCAUAUUUCAGAGUCGGCUAAUAGUGGAGUUGUGUUUGUGUGUGUACGUUUUUCCAUUCCACUUAUAAGAUGGCUAUCUCAUUUAAAAUUUAUUUAUAACUUUUUGAGUGUACAAAAUGAUUGUCAUUUUCAAAACAAUGUAAUUUGAAAAUAAGAAGACAAGUUAGGACUUAGAUUGAAAAAUAAAAUUAUAUUUUAUUGAAUAAAAUAAAAACGAUUUUUAAAAAGAAGUCUUAUUCCAAUUGGACCUUUUUGAAUUUUAUUUUGGUAAUAUCUUUCAACUAGAGGUUCUUUCGUAGUCAGUGCUAUUAGCUGACGUCAAGUCUAUCCCAACUCAUGGUGAGUGCUAUCUUUGUUUAUUCUUUUGGAAACAUUUUUCCAUACUAUCCAAGCAGUGCGUUUGACGAUUUAGUCAUGGGCUCAACCUACAAAUUCAUAAAUGCUACUCUUGAAUUUUUAAAGGGAAAAAAGCUCUUAUCUGUGAUAGACAAUUAUUUUGCUCUUCAGAAUGCUAAAAUUACUUAACUCCAUCAAUAGAUACUUUGAAAAGUAGUUCUAGUAGGGAGAUAAUCAAUGCUUAGAUUAACUGAAACAAUUUCAGCCUCAUAGUUUCUUAUGUAAGAAUCGAAGAGAAUAACUAUUUUUUUCUUUGGAAUUUUAAUUGCUUUUCCUAGAUAGUUUUUUAGUGAUAUAUAGUUUCUAUACUCCUUCCAAAAUUAUGUCAUAUUAAAGUAGAUAUUACUGUCAAAGAUCUUUUACAUUUUAGUUUUUUUUUCCUAUUCUGCUAUUACUACUUUCGAAAACUGUGAUUCAUAAAACAAAAAUUUUUUUGUGGCUACUGCUUACCUUAUAGUCAGCUUUACAAAAAAAGGGGAAAAAAAGUUGUUAGAACACCAUGUGCCUGCUCUGUUUUACUCAGAAACUCAACAGAUAUGACUUUCUUGCCCUCAAUUGUGUGCUUUCAUAGACUUGGGGUACAAAAAAAUUCACAAAAAGUAAUCAGUAGACUUGGCCAGACAGCCAUUUUCUGUCAGAAUCAUUGCUAUAGAGUGAAUCUAUUAAGGCAGAAAAAUACCAAACAUAUUUGUCUCUUUUGUCAGUUUUUCUGGGACCCGGAUUAAACAAAGUAUUUCUACCAUAGGAGCAUUUCUAUCAUAGAGGGUGACAGUAACUUGAACGCAUGUAUAUGCACAUAGUUCAAUUCAAAGGGGGAAAAGUUGGAAAUUCAGAACGACUGUUUAAAAAAAGUACUUGGAAAUUAUGCUGCUACUUAGGUGUUUAAGGAAUUCAAAAAGUUGUGUAGCUAUUAAAAGAUGUUUCUUCUUAUUCUACUGGAAUUGACUAUGAAAAAGAGAAUCUUAGGCCUUAUUUAUAUCUAAUUAUUGAUGUACAAACUGUGACUCAGUGGAUAUUUGUAUGCCAAAAAAGAUUUUAAAAGUUGAGCAAGAUUUAGAUUUAACAAAGAUAUAUGAGUAUGCCUAAUUUUGAUUAUCAUUCUCAUUAUCAUGAAGUUACUGUUAGUUUGGUGCAAUACAUUCUUUCCUUCCUUAUCUUUUUAAAAUGAAUUACAUAAGAUGUAUGUUUUAUUUUAUUUGUUACAUCGAGUGCUGUUUUAAUAAUUUUCAAUGUGUGUAUAUGAGCUAAUGUUUGAUUUGUUUUUCUGUAUAGCAUGAUUGAAAAUAAUAAUUGGAAAUUUUGCACUUUUUUUAGUCCCUUGGAAAUUUGUAUUCUAGCAGUUUUUAAGAAUGUACGUUUAUUUUGUACAUAAUAAAUUAGCUUUGUAUAUGAAAAUGGGUUUGGAUCAAAUAAAAAAAUGAUGUUACUUUCUUUAGUGGAUUUGUAAUUCCCAAUUUGUAGUAUCUGAUUGGAACUUAGCCCUGGCUAAGUCAUUAGAGGAGGCAAGGAAUUAAAUGUAGUAUUUGUUAAGCAGCAGAUUAAUCACUGCUGCUUUCUUAUUGCAUAAUUUCGUAUGUGGUCCUAUGUUCACAAGGUCAAUGUUAUGUUCAUUGACCAGUUUUUGUCAGCAUUUAGCCUUUCGUUUAAACAGCACCUUGAAAACUGUCAAUUUUUUUAUCCUAGCUAAGAAUCAUAGCUGUAAAUCUCCAUUUGUGGGUAACCAAAUAAUACAUUUAGUUUUUUUUUUUUAACCUUUAUUUCCUUUCAUAAUUGAGAUCUUUUAUUCAUCAUAUUUUGGCUAUCUAAACAUUGACGUAAUCUUUCUGUUUUUUGUUGAGGUUAAUAGAACCUAAGCCAUAGUAAGACAGAAGCCAGACUCUGUUCCAGAUUUUUGCUUGUACUUUUGUCUCUAGAUCCAGAAUAACAAGACAACAGACAUGAACAUUAAACUUUAUCUAGCCCAGCACCAUCUAUGCUCUUUACUACACUUUUAUUGAAGAUACUUCACUAGAACUGAAAACUUCCUGCAUUAAUUCAUCUGGUGAAAUUUCUCAGUCACUGGACAAUCAAAGCCAGGUUAGUUACAGGUUCAAUUCAGACCACCUUGCUUUUGUGAAGCAAGUCCAGUAAAACUAUACCAGGUUUCAAAUAAAUAUGUUUGUUUCACACAAUAAUAUUGGAACUCAUAUUUUUUUUGCCAUAUAACAUCCGAUCAUCCAUUUGAUGAGAACUGUAGAUCAAACAACUUUUCAAAAGUUUUUUUUAUUGUGUAUUAACAUUUACUAAUACUUUAUUCAAUACUGAACUUAUUAGAAUGACUUUGACAGUCCAUUCAACUUUUGUAAAACUCUUUACCUACGUAGCAUAGCAUGUAAGUUGUAUUUAUUUGAAAGCAAUUCAAGUAUAACUUUGCAGAGAUUGAAAGAGUUAGAGGAAGACUCCAUAAAUAUUGUAAAUGACUGUUAAUUACACUGUAUUCAUAUCAAAUUAUUUUUGAAAGGUGUCUUCAUACAUUAUUCAGUUGUUAACAUAUAGCCUAAAUAUUUUUAAAAGUUAUAUAUUUUCAGAAGGAAAUCCAUGUGCCGAGUCAUCGUAUGCAUAUGAUAUUGUGAUUAUUAGAGAAGAUGAAGAUAGAUUUAAUUAUUCAACCUAGAACAAUAGUUUCAGAAUCUGUUCAAACAUUAUUUGUCAGAACACUACCAAGGAAAGUCACAGAGGCCUUUACAGAUGGGAAAACACAUGAGAAGUUGCUUACAUGAGAACCUGAACACAAGGUCAAAGAGGCGGAAAGGACAUUGACUACCUAAAAAGUAGGAUCCGGCAAAUUUUACAACUGAAAGGGAAUGUGCAGGUCAUCUGCAACUUAUACUUGAGGUGUAGAAGUUUGAGGAACUUUAAUUUGAGGAAACUGUAAAUUCAUAUUGAAAGUGGAAAACCAUUUCAGAUACUUUGGUUUUCCCAUAUUGGUUAAAUAUGUAGCGGUUAUAUUAAUAAUUUUUUUUAGAGCCACAGUAAUACAGAGGGACUCAGCCAGUUGCAGACUUUCUCAGGAUGGUAUGACCCCAAUGAACCUGCCGUAUUUCAAGAUCUAGCCCCAUAAGUAUCCUAAAGAUGAUCAAGUUUGGGAAUGCUACUCAACACAAAUUCAUGAGAGAGUGACUCUAUAGAGUACAAAUUUACUAAUUUAUAAUGCAGUAUUGUAAAAAUGGUGUGGAGGGAGCACCUGAUCUCCUCUAAGUUCACAAGGGGGAAGGAGAAUCAAGAUCAACAGCCCAAGGCUCAUUCCUAUAAGGCAGAGGUCAGACAUGCCUCCUCUCUCUGCCAUCUUUACCAAUUCUGACACCAACCGUCUCUCCCACAGCACUCUUCACUUCUCUGCUGGGUUCGAUAAUUCACUGCGGUGGCCACACACAACUCACAGACAAUGCUCACAAUUAUGGGGCUUAUCAGGGAAGUAAAAGGUUACAACGCAGGCUCAGGAACAUUCAGGAUAUAAUUCUUCCAUCAGGACUGCCUCUUCUCUGCCGUGCUGCAGGCAUGCCUCUUUCUGGCCCCUCAGCUUCUGCCCUGCUCAGGACAGUGUUACAAAGGUCUUCUAGCUCUGCUGGUUAAGUGCCCAGAGGCACCCCAUUCCACCAUUAAGCAAGCUCUCAGUCAGUUUUAGCUCUAUGGGUCCACAAACCUAGCUCCAUCAGGUGGCUGGAGGCACCCUACUCAGCCAGCAAACCUCCUGCCUGAAGGCGCUCAACUUUUUUUGUGGGCCGGGAAUCCCACCGCGCUGUCUCUUGCAGGUCUUUCCUGCCAUCGUUUUCCUGCCACUGCUUCUUUCCAUCUUUUGUGUGACAGCUCUCUGUCUCUCAGUCUCCUGGUUCCAGGAGUGUCUCAGCGCCGGGAUCCCAGGACCAAAGAGUGCGCUCUUGCUCCUGGCUGUUCUUCCUCGGUGGUGGUGGAAUCCUCUUUCCUGCCUAUGAGAUGGAUCGUUUCAAGUCCAGCGGGAUAGCAAAACUGACCAAUUCCCUUGGUGGACCACAAUUACCCUAUUUGCACAAUCCCUUCUAGUUACUUGGGUGGGAGUUACAAGACCAUGGCAAGAAUGGCCACACAAAAGCACACCACAAGUAUAUUAGCCAGCCCUGGGGUGGCACAAAUGGUUAAGUGCUAGACUAGUAACGAAAGGUUGGCAGUUCAAACCCACCCAGAGACACCUCAAAAGUAAGGCCUGACAAUCUGCUCCUGAAAGGUCACAGCCUUGAAAACCCUAUGGAGUGUGGUUCUGCUCUGCACAUGUGGAUCACCAUGGGUCAGAAUCGACUCGAUGACAACUAACAACACUACCCAGUGCUCAUACUCUCAGAAGACAACCUUCGUUCCUUUAUUUCUCACAAUUGCCUUAUAUACCAUCAACAGAUCCCACUGUUUUUAGGUUGCUAUUUUUUAAAUAUAUUAAAACAACACAUGGGAGCACCUUGAAUACAUUAUUCUGAGUUAAAUAAGCCAGACACAAAGGGACAGAUACCGUAUGAUCCCACUUACAUGAAAUAUCUAGAACAGGCAAAUACAUAGAGACAAAGUAGACUAGUGGUUACCAGAGGCUGGGGAGGGGUAUGUGGAGUUAUUGGUCAAUAGACAGGGUUUCAGUUUGGGGUGAUUAAAAAUUUGGAAAUAAAUAGUGAUGCUUGCAAAAAAAAAAAAAUUCUUCUGUAUAUAAAUUAUACCUUUUAAACCUGGAAGAAAAAAUUUUUUUACAUCUAUCCAAGGACUACAAUGACCCAAGACAAUCUGAUUUAGCAUUAUUGUCAAUAGUACACAAAUGAUGUUAAAAUCUUGAUUAUAAAAAUAAUAAUCUUCCUGAAAUGAAGGGAACAAUAAAUGUUUGAAAUGAAUGUAUGUUAUGAAUCAUGUAUCUAUAUUUUAUUACUCACCCAAACAUCACUAUACCAUUAUAAAAUACUCAAACAUGAGACAAUUAAGUUCAGCUAUCUUUGAUAUUUUGCUGACCUUCAGUCAUAAAAACCAUAACUUUACACAUUUUAAUUUUGUUACUGCGAAAGUUUAUUUUUCAGGGUAGAAAAAUAGAAUACCAUUUAUUUAACAUUUUGUUGAUUUGUGACUUAUUUUGACAUACGCCAACCAAAUCUACACCAAUAUCCACAUCUCCAUAAACCUUUG